AUCUUGUCAUUAGCUCUCACAACAACAUUCAACCUACAAACGCUUUCACAUUUUUUUGCGACUCCAACAGCAACCAGCAACCAUGAAGGUCUCCGUCAUCCUCGCACUUCCUGCCCUUGCCCUCGCUGCGGCAACUCCCGCUGUUGAAGAGCGCCAGCUUCCUGUCAUUCCCAGCCUGCCUGGUCUUCCUCUGAACCCAACUUGCCUCCUGCGUAUCGCCGGCAUCACUUCCUGCGUCCCUGGUGGCGUUGAUGCUGACACGCUCCUGAGUGAUCUUCUCGGCUGCCCCGUCCGCGUCAUUCUCUCUGCCCUUGACUGCAUUCUCUCGGGUGUUCCCCUUCCUGUCAAGGAGUAGGCCUGUAAACCACAUCAGAUUCGAUCCCUUUGAGUAUCGAAAUAUUUGGUUAAGUAUGGGUUUCGGGGUCAGCAGGACGCUGCAGGCAACGAAAAGGAUGGAACAGGACAUUUUCAGUAUCUAUCAAAUAAAAAUCAUCGGUACCG